AAAGAAAACCAAUGAAGUGCAUUUUUAUCAGUUUCAUUUCAACCGUUGCCUACAAUAUGAAGUGGAUGUCCUUGGUCUUUCUAUGCGGUCUGCUCGCCAUGGCAGUGGCUUCUCCGCUAAAUCCGUGUAAUGUCAUUAUCAAUGGAGAUUGCCAUUAUUGUGCAUUGUGCAUAAAGUGAUGGUCUUGUUUAUUUUAUUUGUACACAAACUCUAAUAGUUGGCGUUCUUUUCAGUUCGAACUUCAUUUCUUACUGCAAAAAUUAAUAAAAUAAUAUUAUAAACAACAUUUUGGUGUUUCAGUGACUUUGGUUUAUUUCAUAUUUUGAGUUCCACAUUCUAAUCGCCGCGUAUAUUGCAAACUUUGCAGUCGCCGUUAAUAAUCACAUUGCCAGGACUCAGGGGAUUGGCUAGAAAUAAAUAAAUAAAA